AUGUUAUCUACUGAUAUCAUUGAUAUCAAUUAUGGGCCAGGAAUUGUUCAAAAACUUUGUGCUCGAUUUUUACAAUUAUCUAAAGAUUCAUAUAACAUGCCACCUAUUCGAUCUCCACGAUUUAAGCGUUGUAAAUCGUUAGCAGAAAAUACUUAUGCUAUGGUUAAAGAAAUUCGACAAUGUAAUACACAGAUGCUUCCCUCUGAACUAAACAGAGAACAAGAAAAUAAGCAGUCAAACCUUUUUCCUGCAACAGAGAUCAAUGACGCGAUUGAGCUAAGUGGUACUUACCUGUACCAUGCCACUGUAAUUCCAAAUGAUACAAAAGCAAAUCGUCGAGCUAAAAAAAUUGAAUCAAUUCGAGAAAUUUUUGAGAAAAUUUCUGCUACUACUUCAACUCUUCCUAAAAAAACGUAUAACAUUAAUCGUUACCGACGAACUUUUAAUUUACCAAGCACUGCAAACGUGGAGUCACAUUCCAAUGUUAUAAAGUGCGACAGUAACGAUGUGCAACUUCCAGUUUUGAACGGUGAAGUAAGAAUAUCAGUUGAAUUUGCACAGCGCGAUGGCAACCCACCAAUACCCCUUAUUGUGGAAGAACUUACCUCAGAACCAAGUCCAUCACUUCCACAGCCAAGUUAUGGUGGAAUAUGUGAUGAAGAUGGAUUAUUUGAUGAAUCACACGCAGAACAGAUGGAGCAGCGAUCGUUUCAUUCAGAAUCUGCGAAGUUAAGCAUUUUUCCCGCUUACACAUCUACUAAACUUCGAGUAAAAAUGUCUAAAAAAGAUGAGAGUAACGAUGGGGACAGCUGGCAAGAGGUGCAUCGUUUACUGAAAAAGUUUCGAGCGAUUCGGGAAGAACGGGCAAAGCAGAUAAUUACUCAAAAUUUGUGCAAGAAGGAUGAGAAUAAAUAUGGCAAUAUGUUAGAUCAGGCAAAUGUGCACCUUACUGGAAAUACAAAGUUACGAUCUCAUUCGGCAGAUAACUACGUGAACUUUCUCACACAUGACAAUAUAACAGAAAAUGUCGGGUUAAACGUAGAGACAGAAGUUUGGCCACAUGUGAAACCUUGCGUACAAACCGUUUUUUUCAGCCAUGAGCAAAGUUAG